AGUGCCGCUGAUCAAUAGAGGGAAGCUGCGCGCAGUGCCAUCCGCAUCCAGCAUGUGAAAGAAUGUGAGAGAGGGGAGGAGUUCCCGUCUCUUUACUUUCCCAACGGUCCAGAGCGAAAAAAGAGCUUUCUCUGCUCAAGACCGUGAGGCGCAGCGCAUCCACAGCCACACCGGUUAGGACCCCAUCGGGACCAGCGAGAGCUUUUUUAGUAAGCUUCCAGACAACAAAGAUAUUAGAAAGGUCGCAACCCAGUUUUAGAACCAGUGCGUAAGAACUGCAUCGGGAGAAGUAGUUAGCCUCUUCGGUCCCUCUUUUCAUUCCGCGGUGUUUUCUCUGCGUAGCCGCGCCUGGCCGGAGGCGGCUCAUUUUGGCACCUGCCGACGGGACCCGGAGCAGGUCAAACUGUACGAGGUGGACAGCAGCCCCUCCAGCACCCCAUCACCCAUGGAGGGAGACGUGACGGACAAGCAGGAGGACAAUGCAUCUGUGUGCGAAUUUGACCCCAUCACGGGGAAUAUCCCCGCCACCAAAGUGGAGAUCACAGUCUCUUGCAGGGAUCUGUUAGAUCGAGACACAUUCUCCAAGUCAGACCCAAUGUGUGUCCUUUACACACAGGGCGUGGAGUGCAAGCAGUGGAGGGAGUUUGGGAGGACAGAAGUGAUCGACAACACACUGAAUCCAGACUUUGUCAGGAAGUACAUCCUGGACUACUUCUUUGAGGAGAAGCAGACUCUGCGUUUUGACAUAUAUGACAUCGACUCUAAAAGCCCAGACCUGUCCAAGCAGCCCACCGAUGUCAACGACUUCCUUGGUCAGGCCUUCUGCACUCUGGGUGAGAUUGUGGGUUCACCAGCCAGUCGCCUGGAAAAGCCUUUGGGGGGCAUUCCUGGGAAGACAUGCGGUACCAUCAUUCUCACUGCCGAGGAGCUGGGGAACUGCAGAGACUUUGCUACUAUGCAGUUCUGUGCCAACAAACUUGAUAAGAAGGAUUUCUUCGGCAGGUCGGACCCCUUCAUGGUCUUUUACAGGAGUAAUGAGGAUGGAACGUUUACUAUCUGUCACAAGACUGAGGUGGUCAAAAACACACUGAAUCCAGUGUGGCAGCCCUUCUCAAUCCCUGUGAGAGCUCUUUGCAAUGGAGACUAUGACAGGUCUAUCAAGGUGGAGGUGUAUGACUGGGAUAGAGAUGGCAGCCACGACUUCAUCGGAGAGUUCACCUCCAGCUUCAGAGACCUCUCGCGUGGACAGAGUCAGUUCAACGUCUACGAGGUGGUCAACGCCAAGAAGAAAAUGAAGAAGAGACGCUACAUCAACUCAGGGACGGUGACUUUACUGGCGUUCUCCGUGGAGUCGGAGCACACGUUCCUGGACUACAUCAAAGCAGGCACCCAGAUCCAUUUUACAGUGGCUAUUGAUUUCACUGCUUCUAACGGUAACCCCUCCCAGUCCACCUCUCUGCACUACAUGAACCCGUACCAGAUGAACGCCUACGCCAUGGCCCUGAAGGCGGUGGGGGAGAUCAUCCAGGACUACGACAGCGAUAAGAUGUUCCCUGCGCUGGGCUUCGGGGCCAAGCUGCCCCCUGACGGGAGAGUGUCACACGAGUUCCCACUGAAUGGCAAUGUGGACAACCCCUAUUGCAACGGAAUCGAGGGGAUUCUGGAGGCGUACCACCAGAGCCUUAAGACCGUCCAACUCUACGGGCCAACAAACUUCGCUCCAAUCAUCAACCAUGUGGCGCGGUAUGCUGCGGACGUGCAGGACGGUUCUCAGUACUUUGUCGUGCUCAUCAUCACAGACGGAGUCAUAUCCGAUAUGGCCCAGACCAAAGAGGCCAUUGUCAACGGUGCUAAACUUCCCAUGUCCAUUAUCAUUGUCGGAGUUGGACAGGCCGAGUUUGAUGCCAUGGUGGAACUGGAUGGCGAUGACAUCAGGAUCUCAUCACGUGGGAAGCUGGCUGAGAGAGACAUUGUUCAGUUUGUGCCGUUCCGGGACUACAUGGACCGCACGGGCAACCACGUGCUGAGUAUGGCACGCCUGGCCAAGGACGUGCUGGCCGAGAUCCCCGACCAGCUGAUCUCCUACAUGAAGUCCAAGGGCAUCAAGCCACACCACACCCCCACAGACUGCUCACCGUCUGCACCGGCCUCGCCUGUGGCCGUAUGAGCUCACCUGUGUGCCGACGAGCUCACCUGUCCAGCUGUGCCGACGGUGUUUUCCUCCUUUCAUCCGCUUUCCAACCCCCCCCCCCCCCCCCCCCCCCCCCGCCAUGUGACUCUGACCUGCGUUUAUCUUAGAGGGUCAACCUGACUGACGGACGGACAACACCUCAGUACUGACCACAGAUCAGGGAGCGUGACCAGACACUUACAGGGACAGCAUGAGAAGUCUGUGAUGGGAGUCGAGUGUUUUCGUAGACCUGAAGAUGAUUCUUCAGCCAUUCAAAGGGGCUUGCUUCAUGUGGGUUACGUAUAUCAGAAUGUGACAGAUUGUUUAAUGUGUGUACAACAGAGGCUUGUGGAGAUUUCUAAAACACAAGUCUAGAUGGUGAUGGCUCCUAGUCUUUAAAGUAUUAGUUUGAGUGACAGAUUUCUGAUUAGGAUUUUUGCAUCAUAGUAGUAUAUACCAUUAUAAGUUUAGAUUAGAAGCCUGCUGUAAUGUAAAUACUAAUGUAAAGCAUGCCACAAUCAUCUCUCAAUAUGUGCAAUAUGCCCAUGGACUGUCCAGGCAAACUGUAUCUAAUUCCCACUGCGCUCUAAAGACACACACCUUCUCUAACCGGGAGAGCUUUCUCUAUCCUGUCAUGCUGUCGGUGUCUCAACCCGGAAGCUGACACACACCUUCUCAUGACUGAUAGUGGUAAACAACUCCCUUUUAAACCGAAGCCUCGCUGGUGUUUGAUUUUUUUUUUCAAGUGAUUGCACUGACUACAGUCCUUACAAAAGCACAAAAACACUCUAAUAGCUGGGAUCAAUGAGUCUUACAAACCAACAUCAACCACAAUUCAGAUCCAUUUCAGUUAUUUGCUCAGCAACUCCACUGUAUAAUUAGCCUUAGCGACAAGCAAAAUGCACAUAUUUCUAUAACACUGACCUGCUACCACUAAGCUAAUUUAUUGGAUAAUAGGCAUGAAUUAACAGUCAGAGCUGUUCUUCCAACCACAUUGAUAGUGUUGGUAUCACUGACUAUUCGAUUAAUCUCUUCUUCAGAAUUCCUCACUUGAGAACUCUUCUUCUCUCAUCAGGGUGUAUUGUUGAGUAAUAGGUAUUUGAUUAAUCAGGACAGAUGUGUCUGAAUCUCCCAGGAAAUGCAUUUUUCUGUUCUCUCACUGAAGUCCAGACCUUGUGUGUGUGUGUGUGUGUGUGUGUGUGAUGGAUCUGCACUCAUUCUAAUACGUGUGUGUUCUAAUACCUCUGAUACGUGUAUGAGUCCAUCUGUGUGCUCCUGAUUCUCUCUCCUCCUUCUCUCCUCCCUUCCCUUCUGCACCCCCUCUAUCUCCAUCUCUCUACCUGGCUGGUCCUGAGCAGACGGGUCCCCCCCCUUUGAGCUGAGGUGCUGCCCGAGGUUCCUUCCUGUUAAAGGGGAGUUUUUCUUUUCUUUGCCCCAGUCACCUUAGUGCUUGCUCUUGGGGGGUUCAGAAUCUAGGCUCUGUACAGCGCCUUCAGACUAUUUCAAUUGUAAUUUGCCCUAUAUGAAUAAAAUUGAAUUGAAUUAAUAUUUAAUUCCA